AUGGAGUCAGCAAUCAAGCACCCAUGGCCACUACCUAUUUUCGACAGCAACGACCCCAAGGCCACUGAUGGUUCACUCUUCCAAACAGCUUCCCAUCUGCCUUCUGAGCUCCAUGUCAUGCUUGAUGAUCAUGAGAUUGCCGGUCGGGACCCUCUGUACGCUCUCGCGCCCGUACUCCUCUUCGCAGCUGCCUCGGAAAACCAAUUGCUUUCCGCUCUUCAGAGAUGGCACGACAUCAUUGUUUCCACCAAAUGGGAUCAAAAGCUCUCGACCGAACACCUCGAACAGCUCAUACUGCACAAGAACCUCUUGGAUGACCAUGCCAAUCGACACGAAGACGUCCUACGGUUCAUGAAGUCACCCAUACUAGCUCGGUGGACGACUAGCCUUACACCAGAUCAGAAUGCUGUAGCCCAGGAAUCUAAAGAUGCAGUCACAGCCGAUUAUCAAUUUCUUCUAUCACGAUAUCGACAGCUCUCAAUACACUACCAGGAAGCAAUAUCGGUGCUGGUCAGCGCUACUUCGCUUGCGGAAUCGCAGAAACAGAUCACGCUCGCUACCCAGGUUACGAAGCUUACUAUACUGGCGACCAUCUUCCUCCCACUUUCGUAUUGCACUUCGAUAUUCGGCAUGAACUUUAUUGAGCUGGAUCACUUGAGUAUAUGGAUCUGGGUGGUCGUCACGGUCUCUGUUGGGCUUGCCACAUUUGCUGUAUAUCAGUGGGAUGAGAGGCACAGAUGGUGGGAGCUCUGGUCUACUCUUACCAAAGCUGGGCGCGUGCGCUGGACACGCGGUAAACCAACGACAGUAUAG